AUGCCGCGGCCCCGGGAUGCUCCUCGGCAUCGCUCGGAAUUCCCGGCACAGCCGCAGCUGCGGGGAGCGCGCUGCUCCUGCGGAGAGCAGCCGGGCCCGCGGGGGAACCGGCACCGGCACCGGCACGGCACCGGCACCACACCGCCCGGGGCCGCUCCGAGCGCGGCCGGCGCGUCCCUGAUUGCGGCCACCGGGUGCCACCGAGUGCCACCGGCUGUCACCGGGGUCACCGCCGCGGGCGAGCGCAGCGGGGCCGGGCCUGGCCGGGCCGCCGCCCCCCGGGCCGGCAGCGGGCGGCGCGGCGGGACCGGCGGCAGCGGCAGGAUGUAUGGAUUUAUAAACACGUGCCUGAAGUCUUUGGUGGUUGAAAAGUAUGGAGAAGAAACAUGGGAAAAAUUAAGGCUGCAGGCUGGAGUCCAGGAUUCUUUCUUGACUUUUGAGGUUUACAAAGAUGAGAUCACAAUGCAGCUUGUCGACAAAGCCUGCAAAGUAUUAGGUGUCCCUGCUGACAUUGUUCUGAGGGAGUUUGGAAAGUAUUUCUUUGAAUUCUGCAAGCGCUCGGGCUACGACCACAUGCUGAGGACCCUGGGUGGAAAUCUCUAUGAGUUCAUAGAGAACCUGGAUGCACUGCACAGCUACCUGUCCCUUUCUUACCAGGAGAUGAAUGCACCAUCUUUUAGAGUAGAAAAGAAUGAAGAUGGGUCAAUGCAUUUACAUUACUAUUCAGACAGAAGAGGUCUGUGCCAUAUUGUGCCAGGAAUCAUCGGUGCAGCAGCCCUGGAUUUUUUUAACAUUGAGAUUUCAAUGAAAAUAGUCAAUCAAACAGAAGAAGAAGAAAGAACUGGGAAAAAGGAACAUAUUGUUUUUCUUGUCACUCAAAACCCUCUAUUUCCGUGCAAGGAAAGAAAUGAAUUUUCUUCCUCAUCUCAAUGUCUUGUUGACUCUGAAAAGCAAAUUGAGAACCAACUGAAAAAAGAGGGCCUUGAAAAAGCCAAGAAUGCGAAUGGAGACAGAGGAAACUCUGUUUGUCCUGUUAAGAAAAGUCACUGGAAAACAUUGAGAGGAAUAAUCACAUUAGGAAAAGGUAAGCUCCUGAGAGGAUUUGAUCCUGUUUAUCCCAAGAGCCUCUGGAUUGACACAAAAACAUUUUGCAAUGGACUUCCUUUUCAUAUGGUUUUUGACAAAGAGCUCAAAGUGAAGCAAGCUGGGGUGAGCAUUCAAAAGAUUGUACCUGGCCUUCAGACCAUGGGCAUCUCCUUGGAUCAGUAUUUCAGGAUCGUUCACCCAGAAGUGCCCUUCACCAUCUCCAGCAUUCAGAAAUUCAUCAACAGCCAAUUUGUGUUCCAGACUAGAAGAGAGAUGAUGCCUGAGUCAUGGAGAGAGCGGCCAAUGCUGGAGCUGAGAGGGCAGAUGAUGUGGAUGGAGCCCCUGCAGUGCAUGCUGUACCUGUGCUCGCCCCUGCUGCAAAGCCUUGCCCAUGCUGUGUCCCCAGGGCAGAUGAUGUGGAUGGAGCCCCUGCAGUGCAUGCUGUACCUGUGCUCGCCCCUGCUGCGCUCCCUGCACGAGCUGGAGGAGCGGCAGAUGCACAUCGCCGACAUCGCGCCCCACGACGUCACCAGGGACCUGAUCCUCCUCAACCAGCAGCGGCUGGCGGAGAUGGAGCUCUCCAGCCAGCUGGAGAGGAAGAAGGAGGAGCUGAGGAUCCUCUCGAAGCACCUGGAGGAGGAGAAGAAGAAGACUGAAGCGCUGCUCUACGCCAUGCUGCCCCAGCACGUGGCCAACCAGCUGAAAGAGGGCAAGAGGGUUGAGGCAGGAGAGUUCAAGGAGUGCACGAUAUUGUUCAGUGAUGUGGUGACCUUCACCAACAUCUGUGCCCAGUGUGAGCCUAUUCAGAUAGUUCUCAUGUUAAAUUCAAUGUACCUGAGGUUUGACAGACUCACCACAGUGCAUGAUGUGUACAAGGUGGAGACGAUUGGAGAUGCCUACAUGGUGGUGGGGGGAGUCCCUGUGCCUGUGCCCACGCACGCAGAGAGAGUUGCUAAUUUUGCCUUGGGCAUGAUAAUGGCAGCCAAAGGAGUGCAGAACCCAGUUUCUGGAAAUCCUAUCCAAAUUCGAGUUGGGAUCCAUACAGGUCCUGUCCUGGCGGGGGUGGUUGGAGAAAAGAUGCCUCGUUACUGCCUGUUUGGAGACACGGUGAACAUCGCCUCCCGCAUGGAGAGCCACGGCGUGCCCAGCAAGAUCCACCUGAGCUCCAGUGCCUACCAGUGCCUAAAAUACAAGAAUUUUGAGAUUACUGAAAGAGGAGAAAUAGAAGUAAAAGGCAAAGGGAAAAUGCACACAUACUUCCUCAUUAGAAAUAAAUCUGCAACUGAGAAUGAGAUUAUGGGAAGGCCAAUGAAAGAUUUAGAUUCUGGCCAUGAAUCUGUUCAGUCCAUUCCAGAAGGCAAGAUUGAAACUAUACCAAGUUCUCAUCAGCCAGCUACUCAGGCUCAGCAAAAGAAGGACCAGACCCCAGCUAUUGCAAUGAAGUAUGUUGAUGGCCCCACAGAUGCACAGAACAGCCUCAAGAGAAGGAAUCAGAUGAAAGCUGGAGAUUUAACAGGCAAAACUUGUGAUUCCAAAAGUGAUGGGAGUCUCCAUGGCAACCAGCAUGCAGAUGAUGGUCCUCGUCCUCCAAACCAGGGAAGAGUCAGACCUGCUGCUGAAGAGCCACAGAAUAGAAAUGUUCGCUCCAAUUUUUGCACUUUACUCUAAGUUUCUUACUUUUACAUUAAACAGAGAAAUUUUAUUAUGAUUUUGUGCAUUUUACUGUUAUGGGACUGAUUUUGUAUAUGAGUACGACAGGAUUUUGUAAAAAAACAAAAAAAGUAAAAA